AUGUUCAGUGAAGUGGAGAGGCAGCAAAAACAGAGGAAGAUCUUCACCAAGAUGGAUGAAUCCAGGGGCAGUAAAAAUGGGCCCAAACACAAGAACAAGUGCAGGCCCUACUUACUCCCUGGCUUCAUCCAGUACCUGCCUAUCCCAGCUCCCACAGGUGUGCUGACCAAAGAUGUCCGGUUGUUCAACUUCAUCUCCCCAGGUCCUAACAGAAUUAAUCAAAAGAAGGGAUGGAAAGUGGACCUGCUCUUUACCACAGAGCCCUACAACCCAGAGGGACGCGAGGAACAUGUGGGGAAGUGUUCGGCGCAGGUGCUUUUCAAGAACCAGAAGCCCAGGCCAGCCAUUAACGUGACGUGCACACGGCUUGUUGAGAAGUCGAAGAGACAAGAAGAGGAUUACCUGCUCUAUCAGCACAUGAAGCAUCUUACAGUCCCCCGGGAUGGCAUCACCAUACCUGACAGCCAUGGACACAUCGAUCCCUCUCUGAGACCCGUCUGGGAUCUGGCUUUUCUUGGAGGCUCUUACGUGAUGUGGGAGAAGACGACCCAGUCUUUGCACUACUACAUGGUACAGCUCAUCGGUGUGCAACAGUGGAAAACGGAUGAGGAUGCAAUUGAUUUUGAUUACACUGUUCUACUCCAUGAGUUCUCAACACAGGAAAUCGUCUCCUGCCGUAUUCACUUGGUCUGGUACCCUGGCAAGCCCCCGAAAGUGCAGUACCGCUGUCAGGACCCCCAGGCACCAGAGGAGGCCUCUGGAACUGAAGAGGGAUCUGCUGCUGCCCCGGUGCCCCUCGGCAACUUCACCAGCCUCGCCCCAGUCCUGAACUGAAUUACCUACUCAACAGCCUAGCCUGUCCUUGGUGGAACACAGAGAAGGCAUUGGAUGUUUGAUGAGUUCCGGAAAGCCUGCGAUUGUACUACUCAAAACGAGAAGGCGUUUCCUUUUUUGGUCCAAUUGGCUUGGCUGUUCACUGGGCUCAGGGGCACACUUGCCUCCGCUUAGAGCUCUAGGGUCAUCCACCAAGUCCCUCAGUAGUUUCAGCCAGAAAAUGCAAAAUUAAGGCAUUUGGUUGAUGGCUGUAACUGGAAUUUUUCAAAAAAACUUGUCUUUUAAAAAAUGAUUUCAAGCAAGCAUUCCUUUUUAAGCUGGCAUCUACUUUUAAAUAAAGGUUUUCAUUUCUA